GGAAGGAAGGAAGGAAGGAAGGAAGAGACUAGAGAGGAAGGCAAAGGCGCAGCCAGCCAGCCAGGCAUCUGCCCGCCCUGGGUACCGUUUUGCUCCAUCAUCUCCAUCUCUUCUUCUCCUCCUUCUUCUUCCCUGGGAUCUGUAUCCUUCCUGGCGGCGGAGAAGGUGCCUCGUUGGGAAGCAUCCCGAGGACCAUUUCCAGAGCUGGCUGAGGAUGGGUUUUCCCCCUCCCCGACCCUUCCAGGAUGCCUUUUGACAGCCUCAAAGCAGAGAUGAGGGUGAAAGCUACAGAGCAACACCCUGAGGGUGCAGCAGCAAGUCUCUGAAAUCAGCAGGCUGAGGCUUUGAAUUGAAUUCUGCUGAACAAAUUUGAUCCUUCAGAAACUCGUUUAUUCACAGACAGGAUGUAACAUUCAAAAAUGGAAACUUGUAUAGAAAGGAACAGAUAGCAGUUGGCAUUGAAGGAGUGAGUGAUCAUUUCUCUUUGGAGGUAUCGGCUUUUAAGAACGAUAUGUUGAUUCAGAAGGCCCCGAGAGAGAAUCAUGAAAUUUGUUUCAUCUACUCAGUCCAUGGAUUUUUAAAUCAUUCAUUGGAGUUGGUGAAUUUCUACAAAGGUCUGUGAUGGAAAUAGCAGCGUGGUUCUGUGUCUGUCGACAGUACGUUGUGGAUUAGUUUGCUGUUGUGGAGUACUAAUUCCAUUUUGAGAGACAAGGAACAGAUGUGAUGGAUUUACCUUCAGAAAUGAGCAGGCAUGGACGAAAUCCACUCAGUCACAAACUAGAAGAUCAAAAGAAGAUAUACACUGACUGGGCUAAUCACUAUCUAGCAAAAUCUGGCCACAAACGGCUCAUCAAGGACUUGCAACAGGACAUUGCAGAUGGAGUUCUACUAGCAGAAAUCAUCCAGAUCAUAGCAAAUGAAAAGGUUGAAGAUAUCAAUGGCUGUCCCCGAAGCCAGUCUCAAAUGGUUGAGAACGUUGAUGUCUGCCUUAGCUUUCUGGCAGCCAGAGGCGUAAAUGUCCAAGGUCUUUCUGCUGAAGAAAUAAGAAAUGGAAAUUUAAAAGCCAUUUUAGGACUGUUUUUCAGUUUGUCUCGAUAUAAACAGCAGCAACACCAACAGCAGCAGUACUAUCAGUCUUUGGUUGAACUCCAGCAACACGUCUCUCAUUCUCCAUCUCCCACUGAAAUUGGCCAGCCCAAAACACAGCAAGAUAUGCAGUCCAGUCUGGCAGCCAGAUAUGCAGCUCAGUCUAAUCACAGUGGAAUUGCAACCAGUCAAAAAAAGCCUUCUAGGCUUCCCGGGCCCUCAAGGGUGCCAGCUGCAGGCAGCAGUACCAAAGUCCAGGGAGCCUCAAAUUUAAACAGAAGAAGUCAGAGCUUUAAUAGCAUUGACAAAACCAAGCCUCCACAAUAUGCAAAUGGAAAUGAAAAAGUAGAAUCACCCAAAGGUCCUCACCCAUCUGCAGGCAUGAAUGGAAAUGUACAGCAUCCCACCAGCACUGGGCAGCAGCCGGUCUCUGCCAUCCCCUCUCCAAGUGCCAGCAAGCCUUGGCGCAGCAAAUCCAUGAAUGUCAAACACAGUGCCACCUCCACCAUGCUGUCUGUCAAGCAGCCUAGCCCUGCAACCUCUCCACCACCUUCAGACAGGCUAAAGCCACCUCUUUCUGAAGGACCCAAAACACCAUCAUCUGGACAGAAAUCCAUGCUGGAAAAAUUCAAGCUGGUUAAUGCAAGGACUGUUUUGAGGCCUCCCUUAUCAUCAAGUUCAGGCCCAAGUGACAGUGGGAGAGAAGAUGAAGCCUUCUUAGAGUGUGGUGAAACAGAUGGCUGCAGUGGUGGGCUUAACAGUUGUGGCUCCACCAGCAGCAGCCCUAAAAUAUCACCUAAACUAACCCCUCCAAAAGCUGGAAGCAAAAAUAUCAGCAAUAAAAAGUCUUUGCUACAGCCAAAGGACAAAGAGGAAAAAAGCAGAGAGAAAAAUAAAGUUUGCACUGAGAAGAUGGUAAAGGAAGAAAAGGACCAGGUCACAGAAACACCUGCAAAAAAGACCUCAAAAAUUGCAAGCCUAAUCCCAAAAGGGAAUAAGGCAACAUCAGCCAAGAAGGAAAGUUUAAUACCUUCAUCUAGUGGGAUACCAAAACCUGGAUCAAAAGUACCAACAUCGAAGCCAAGUACUUCACCGGCUUGUCAAGGAAGUAAAGAAACUGAAAAAUUGAGAAGUGCAAAAGGAAAUCAAUCCCCAUCAACAGUAAAAUCCCAGGUUAAUGACAAAGUAGGAAUUCCUUUCUGUCUCUCAUCUUCUGAAGGAAAGGAAUCUAGUACAGCUCUUACCCCAAGUUCAUCUGCUGCUCUUUCAAUGGCUGCAAGUAGUGCACAGGCAACAGGAAACACUACAGUUCAACUUCCUCAGCAACAGCAAUACAGUCACCCAAAUACGGCCACAGUAGCACCAUUUAUUUAUAGAACUCAUUCAGAGAAUGAUAGUACCUCCCUCUCGCCUGCUGACUCCUGCACCAGUCCAACAAAAAUGGAUUUUGCAUAUAGCAAGACUGCCAAACAGUGCCUAGAGGAAAUAUCUGGGGAAGAUCCUGAAGCAAGGCGAAUGAGAACUGUCAAGAAUAUAGCAGAUCUGAGGCAGAACUUGGAAGAAACUAUGUCCAGUCUGAGAGGAACUCAAAUAAGCCACAGCACACUGGAGACAACAUUUGACAGUACUGUGACAACAGAAGUGAAUGGGCGAAGCAUUCCAGGCUUGACAAGUCGAUCCUCUCCAGUGACUUGGAGACUUGGACAAGCUAGUCCUCGUCUCCAGGCAGGUGAUGCUCCUUCCCUAGGUGCUGGGUACCCACGCAGUGGUGCUAGUCGCUUCAUCCACACUGACCCUUCUCGAUUCAUGUAUACAACACCUCUUCGGCGUGCAGCUGUUUCUCGCCUUGGGAACAUACCCCAGAUUGACAUGAGUGAAAAAGGAAAUAGUGAUCUGGAAAUUUCAUCUGAUGUUGAUGUUGGAGGGUAUAUGAGUGAUGGAGAUAUUCUUGGGAAAAGUCUCCGAGCUGAUGACAUUAACAGUGGUUACAUGACAGAUGGAGGGCUCAACCUGUAUACAAGAAGCUUGAACCGAAUACCAGAUAUAGCUGCCUCCCGAGAUGUCAUUCAGAGAGGGGUUCAUGAUGUCACUGUGGAUGCAGACAGCUGGGAUGACAGCAGCUCAGUUAGCAGUGGCCUUAGUGAUACUUUGGAUAACAUCAGUACAGAUGACCUGAACACCACAUCAUCAAUCAGCUCUUACUCCAAUAUUACUGCCUCUUCAAGAAAGAAUGCACAUUCCCAUCUGAAGACUGAUUCAGAGAAACGUUCAGUCACAGAUGGAGAACCGUGGGGCAGCAGUGAAGAACUGAAGAAGCCUGAAGAAGAGUUAGACAGCAAUGUUGACAGCAGUGGGAAAUGGAAGGGCCAUCCCACUGGACUGCUUGAAGAUGCUGAGAAGGGAGGGCAGAAAACCCCUCUGUCUGUCUCUCAGACAGGCUCUUGGAGAAGAGGCAUGACUGCACAAGUUGGAACAUCAUCCAGGCACAAAGCAGGAACAAGUACUCUCAAGACACCUGGAAAAACAGAUGAUGCAAAGGCUUCAGAAAAAGGAAAAACUCCCCUUAAGGGAGCUUCAAUUCAACGUUCUCCUUCAGAUGCAGGUAAAAGCAGUGGAGAUGAAGGGAAAAAACCUCCUUCGGGCAUCAGCAGAUCGACAGCAACGGGUUCCUUUGGCUUCAAAAAAGCUGGGGUUGGCUCUUCAACAAUGAUCACAGCAAGUGGGGCAACUAUAACAAGUGGCUCAGCAACCUUGGGAAAGAUGCCAAAGUCUGCCGCUAUUGGUGGAAAGUCAAAUGCAGGGAGGAAAACCAGCCUAGAUGGUUCACAGAAUCAAGAUGACGGUGCAUUGCAUGUGAGCUCAAAGACCACCUUGCAGUACCGAAGUUUGCCACGUCCUUCAAAAUCAAGCACCAGUGGGAUUCCUGGUAGAGGUGGACACAGAUCCAGCACCAGUAGCAUUGACUCAAAUGUCAGCAGCAAAUCUGCCGGGGCGGCUGCCACCAACAAGCUAAGAGAGCCUACCAAGAUCGGCUCAGGACGCUCCAGUCCAGUUACCAUCAAUCAGACAGACAAAGAGAAAGAAAAAGUGACUGCAUCUGAUUCUGAGAGUGUGUCAUUGUCCAGCUCUCCAAAAUCAAGUCCAACCUCAGCAAGUGCUUGUGCAACAACGCCAGGCCUCAGGCAGCCAGGCUCGAAAUACCCUGACAUUGCCUCACCCACAUUUAGACGGUUGUUUGGUGCUAAAGCGAGCAGCAAAACUGCCCCCACCCCAAAUACAGAAGGGGUGAAAUCCACAUCUGCAAUGCCCAGUCCUAGCACCACAUUAGCUCGGCAAGGCAGCCUGGAAUCUCCAUCUUCAGGUACAGGUAGCAUGUGCAGCGCAGGUGGGCAGAGUGGCGGCAGUAGCCCUCUUUUCAGCAAACCUUCGGACUUAAAUACAGAUGUCGUAAGUUUAAGUCACUCCUUGGCUUCUAGUCCAGCCUCAGCCCACUCCUUCACAUCAAGUGGUCUUGUGUGGGCUGCAAACUUGAGUAGCUCCUCUGCAGGUAGUAAAGAUACACCGAGUUACCAGUCAAUGACUAGCCUCCACACAAGCUCUGAAUCUAUUGACCUCCCUCUCAGCCACCAUGGCUCCCUAUCAGGAUUGACUACAAGUACUCAAGAGGUCCAGAGCCUUCUCAUGAGGACUGGCAGCGUGAGAUCUACACUUUCAGAAAGGGGUUUUCUUUGUUUUAACAGCAUGCAGCUUGACAGAAAUACACUACCAAAAAAGGGAUUAAGGUACACUCCAUCCUCUCGGCAGGCCAGUCAAGAGGAAGGGAAAGAGUGGCUGCGCUCCCAUUCUACUGGAGGUCUACAAGACACUGGAAAUCAGUCUCCCUUGAUCUCUCCUACAGCUAUGUCUUCAUCUGCAACUGGGAAAUAUUUUUCCAAUUUAGUGAGUCCAACAAAUUUAUCCCAGUUUAAACUUCCUGGUCCCAGUAUGAUGAGAUCAAACAGCAUCCCUGCACAAGAUUCUUCUUUCGAUCUCUAUGAUGAUUCCCAACUCUGUGGUAGUGCCACAUCCUUAGAAGACAGGCCACGUGCAAUCAGUCACUCUGGUUCAUUCAGGGACAGCAUGGAAGAAGUACAUGGGUCCUCAUUAUCACUAGUUUCCAGCACUUCUUCUCUCUACUCCACAGCUGAAGAAAAAGCACAUUCAGAGCAAAUUCAUAAACUACGAAGGGAGUUGGUUGCAUCACAGGAAAAAGUGGCCACUCUUACUUCACAGCUGUCAGCAAAUGCCCAUCUCGUGGCAGCUUUUGAAAAGAGCUUAGGAAAUAUGACAGGCCGGUUGCAAAGCCUAACAAUGACAGCUGAACAAAAGGAAUCAGAGCUCAUAGAACUACGGGAAACCAUUGAAAUGUUGAAAGCCCAGAACUCCGCUGCACAAGCUGCUAUUCAAGGAGCUUUAAAUGGCCCUGACCACACUCAUAAAGAUCUGCGAAUAAGGCGGCAACAUUCCUCAGAAAGUGUUUCCAGCAUCAAUAGUGGCACCAGCCAUUCAAGCAUGGGCAGUGGUAAUGAUGCUGACUCCAAGAAAAAGAAGAAGAAAAACUGGGUGAACUCUAGAGGAAGUGAGCUAAGAAGUUCAUUCAAACAGGCCUUUGGGAAGAAGAAGUCUGCAAAGCCUCCUUCCUCUCAUUCUGACAUAGAAGAAGUUACAGAUUCAUCUCUUCCUUCCUCACCCAAAUUACCCCACGGUUCUGGAGAAUGUGGAUCAAUAAAGCCAUCCCAAUCAACAUCUGCGAUCUGUGAAUGCACAGAGGCAGAAGCUGAAAUAAUUCUACAGCUGAAAAAUGAGCUCAGGGAGAAAGAGCUCAAGUUAACAGAUAUCCGUCUUGAGGCCCUCAGUUCAGCACACCAUCUUGACCAGAUUCGAGAAGCCAUGAACCGCAUGCAGAAUGAAAUUGAGAUAUUGAAAGCUGAGAAUGAUCGCUUAAAGGCAGAGACUGCAAAUACUAGCAAGCCAACCCGGCCAAGUUCAGAGUCUUCAAGCAGCACAUCUUCAUCUUCGUCACGGCAAUCUUUAGGACUCUCUUUGAAUAACUUGAACAUCACUGAUUCAGUUACAUCAGAUAUUUUACUGGAAGAUGUUUCAGAUGGAACGCUCCAUAAAGAAGGCCAGAGUGUUAAAAUUAUAGUUACAAUAAACAAGGGCUAUGGUCGAUCCAAGGACCAAAAAAUGCAAGCAUAUUUGAUAGGAUCUAUCGGGGUCAGUGGCAAAACAAAAUGGGACGUAUUGGAUGGUGUAAUCAGGCGGAUCUUCAAGGAAUAUGUUUUCCGUGUGGAUCCAGGUACUAGCCUUGGUUUAGGCUCGGACUGUAUAGCUAGCUACUGUAUAGGUGAUAUAAUUAGAUCACAUAGCCAAGAAGUGCCUGAACUGCUACCUUGUGGCUAUCUGGUUGGAGAUAAUAACAUAAUCACCGUGAACCUUAAAGGAGUAGAAGAGAAUAGUUUGGACAGCUUUGUGUUCGAUACAUUAAUUCCUAAACCAGUAUGUCAACGAUACUUUAAUUUACUGAUGGAACAUCAUAGAAUUAUCCUGUCGGGACCCAGUGGCACUGGGAAGACCUAUUUAGCGAACAAGCUUGCUGAAUAUGUGAUAACUAAAUCUGGAAGGAAGAAAAUGGAAGAUGCCAUUGCUGUUUUUAAUGUAGAUCACAAAUCAAGCAAGGAUAUGCAACAGUAUCUUGCUAAUUUGGCUGAACAGUGCAGUGCUGAUAACAAUAGUGCUGAUCUCCCUGUGGUAAUAAUUCUUGACAACCUCCAUCAUGUUGGUUCUUUGAGUGACAUCUUCAACGGUUUCCUUAACUGUAAAUAUAACAAAUGCCCCUAUAUUAUUGGAACAAUGAACCAGGGAGUUUCAUCUUCGCCUAACCUAGAAUUGCAUCAGAACUUCAGGUGGGUGUUGUGUGCUAAUCACAUGGAGCCUGUCAAAGGAUUCUUAUCUAGGUAUUUGAGAAGGAAAUUGAUUGAGACAGAAAUAGAGAGGAAUUUCCGCAAUAAUGAUCUCAUCAAAAUUAUUGACUGGAUUCCUAAGACAUGGCAUCAUCUCAACAGCUUCUUAGAAACGCACAGUUCUUCCGAUGUAACCAUUGGUCCUCGCCUUUUCCUACCCUGCCCUAUAGAUGUUGAUGGUUCUAGAGUAUGGUUCACAGACCUCUGGAAUUAUUCCUUGGUACCAUAUAUUAUGGAAGCUGUGAGAGAAGGACUUCAGAUGUAUGGUAAAAGAGCACCUUGGGAAGAUCCCUCAAAGUGGAUAGCAGAAACAUGCCCAUGGAGUUCAUUGCAGCAUGACUGGUCAUCAUUACUUCAGUUAAGACCUGAAGAUGUUGGUUAUGAAGGUUAUGCAUCUGCCAAAGAAGGAACCACCUCAAAGCACAUUCCACAAACAGAGUCAGAAGGCGAUCCUUUGAUGAAUAUGCUAAUGCGGCUCAAAGAGGCAGCCAGCUACUCAAGCGCACAGAGCUGUGACAGUGAUACUGCCAGUCACCAUGAUGAAAUUCUAGAUCCCUCAGUUGAAUCAACUCUCUAGAGGGGCUGGGCGUGGUUAGAUGAUGUUGGUAAACCUACUCCCGCUUCAGGGUCUGCCUGUAUUGAAGCAGUAAGUCAGGGCACCCCAAGAGAGAGAGAGAGAGCAAGGAAGAAAAAAAAAAGCUGUGUCAUAUAUAGGUGGUCGACUUCACUCUGCAAAGUCAGGAACACAAAUAAAAAAGGAAAGCUUGAAUUAGUUUAAUUUCAAGACAUUUCAGUAUCAGUGGAGCUGAGUGAGACUCCAUCAAUCAACUGGAAAAGGCCUUUUCACAGGGAGGCAACUAAGCAGAUUGCACAUGUGUUAGCCAAACUGGAAUCUCUUUGGGUUUGUUUUUUUUUUCUUCCUGUCUCAAAAACGUUUACAGUGAAGUCUUUUCUUUUACACUUCAAUUUACUCUGAGGUGCUGCAUUAGUGGUCUUCUUGAUCCACCUCCUCUAUCCUCUGUUGUGCCCCAAUGGCACUCAUUACAGGACUCCAGUAGUGUUCCAGUUGUACACUGCUGCCCAUUCCAAAAUGAGUUUCGGGGGGCGGGGGGAGAACACAAAAGUAAACUCAAUAAGCACAAAAGUAUUGUGCAAUUGCCAGGAAAACGCUACUGUGAUAUGCUGGAUAAGUGCCAAUUUGAUACUAAACUGCCAUGUUUGCAGUGAUACGGUCCACCAAGGUUUCUGACUUUUUUUUGUGUAAAAAUCAUCUGUUUUAUAUGCAAGUUGUUUUUAACCACAAGGGUAUUUUAUAAACACCUGCCCACCUCUUAACUUCGUAUCCAACACUGACUAAAGGCUUUCUUAGGGCUUUGUUUGUUUUGAGCCUUUUCAGUGGGAGGGGGGAUAAAAGAGAACAUUUCCUAUGGUGCUGUCUCACUGCCUUAAAACCAAUUUCUAGAACAGUUUUACUGUUGGUUUAAUUUGUUAAACCAUUGAUUAUUUACACUGUUUUCUUUCUUUCUUUCUAAUGAGAGAGCACCCAUGAAUGGAGACGCUUCAUGUCUGUAUACCAUGAUUUGCAAAAAUGAGGUGGCUGGAAGGCUGAACUAUUGAUAUAGAUAUAUAGAUAGAUAUAGUAUUUUUUAUCUUGUGUGGAUAGAUUGUGUACCAUCUAAAAUAUUCAAGUGACACAAAAGCCACACCCAAUUAACUAUGGUUAAAGACACAAGCCCAAGACAGUUGGUUCAAAUCCAUUUGGUCCAAUGGAAAGAGCUGAAUGAAAGAGAAAUAUUUAGAGAGAAAAAAUAUCCAGCAGAGCUGGGUAUACUUUUUGCAGCAUGAGCACAAUUUUUCUUUAUUCCCCCUCCCCCUUCUCCCUCUCCCUCCCCAGUUUGAAGCAUGUUGUUUUAAUUGCAGUUGUUGUACAUGACGAAAUUCAGCAUUAUGAACACUGACACAGUGAUAUCCACUGUGGAAGAGAGAAAAGUUUAUACUGUAAAAGGGGAGGGGGUUGGUUUUGCACAGUCUACUGGGAGGGGUAUUGUAAAUAUUAAAAAUAAAAAAGCCUUGCACAAAUGAAAGCAAACAAACAGCAACAACAAAAAAUAAGAAACUGUAUUUUAUCCUGUUGGUGUUAAGAGAUGUUUCAUAUACUGAGAUGACCUGUAUGUUACAAACAAAUCCAGAGCGCAAACCGUACAAUCUGUUUUCCUUUCACCUGGUGUGUUUGUCUUGUAUUUGGAAUUAUUAUGACUAUGCAGGACCUAUCUGUGCUAGAGUGAGCAUGUUUCAAUUUACAUUAUGAAUCCAAUACCUCUUAGGAGAAAACAAAAAUUAUGUUGUUAACUAUCCUGGCAGGCUACACCAGAAAGAAUGAGAACAGAUCAGAGUAAUUGGAUGUGCUGGUUCAAAUUAACUCAGAUAAUCCAAGGGCUAUGGCAUUGUGUAGAUGUGGACGUGUACACUUGGAGUCACAGUCCUGAAAAUUAUCACUUGAAGCAUACCCAGUUUCCUGGUGUGUGCCAGUGAAGCACUUUUGGUUCUAGCUAGCCAAUCGCUAUCUUCAGGACAUGUAACUGGUGCUACACACUCCUCUGACCAUCUUGUGGCCAUCUAUUUUAUCACAGAAAGAUCCUGAAAUCAGUGUAGAUUUCCUUGCUGCCUCAUUGAAAAUACAGGUCCUCUGCACGGUGCUAUUGCCCCAUAAAUAAAACUCUGGUUUUAUGCACAUUGAAUGUAGUCAGAAUUAUGUCAGGCACCAAAUAUUAUAUUACUUUCUCCUAUUGUUAAAUGGCAUGCCACACUGGUAAAUAUUAAAACAGCUGGUCUUUAUGAUACAUGUGGUCUAAAAGAACAAACAAAACCGUUAGUUCCUGCCAUUUUCAACGCACAUGCACACAUUCACACAAAACCUAUAUAUGUGUGCCAGGUAGUACAACAUUCCCUGCAAUACAUCUCAGUGAAUCCACCUAGUUUACAACUUUAAAAAAUUGUUUGUGAAACAUUUGUCUGUAUACAUUUUAUAUUUUGUACAUUUUUGAUGUAACAUAUCAUGUAAAUAGACAGAAACAGUGAGAUAAAUCAUCUGAAAAGUUUUGUAGUCUUUGUAAAGCCCUAAUAAUAAGUAUUUGGUGUCAUCAGACUUAACUGGAUGAUGUAUUUUUUAUUGAUUUACUGUUCUUCUAGCUUGUAAACCAGCUUGCAUAUAUUUUUUGCAGGUGUGCACACUGUAUCUGUCUAAAUUAUUACUUUGCCAUUAAAGUGGAAUUAUUUAUUGACA